AUGGUUCUCACUAGAAACCAAAGGACGCGGAUGAUGGCAAGAAUGGUUCUCAAUAGAAACAUAAGAGAUGUUGAUGGUGUUGAUCGUCUUAGUGAGUUGCCCGAUCCUCUGAUUUAUCAUAUAUUUUCAUUUAUCGAUACCAAAUACAUGGUUAAAAGUUGUGUAUUGUCCAAAAGAUACAAAUUCCUUUGGCGUUCUCUUAACAUUUUUCGAUUCGAUGAAAUAAUAUAUCGCAACAACAUCUUUUUUGUAAACUUUAUCAAGGAGGUUCUAUCACGACGUGUUGGAUCAAAUAUCUCUUCUUUCAGCCUAGAAUUCCUGUUUUCACCUAAUCGUCGUUUCUUGAAAAAAGUUUUGAAGCAUGUGUUGUUACACAAGACAGAACAUCUAUUCCUCAAUAUUGGUCUUUGUGACUACUCUUCUAUGCAUCCUAUUAUUACUUCCCAAUCAUUGAAAACUCUCCAUGCUCCAUGUGGUUCUAUUAAUGGAUCACAUUCUUUUAAUUUUCCCAUCCUAACUACACUAUACCUAGAACAUCCCAUUUUUGAUGAUCCAGAUUGCGGGUUUUCAGAACUUUUUUCUGGGUGUCCAAAUCUGAAGGAUUUGACUUUACACAGUUGUGUGAGUGAUUUGGAUUCUAUUAGUAUUAUGAGUAAACAACUAGAAAAACUGGAUAUUUCAGUUCAGUUAUGUCCUAUAGACUUUGAAAUUGUAAUUGAUGGGCCAAAACUAUAUUCACUCAAAUAUAAGGGAGAUGCUUUUGUUAGGAUCUUAGCUAAUGUGCCCUCUAUAGAAAAGGUUGAUCUCAGUUGUUUUUUUCUUCAUGGUGGAAACUGGAAAGAAAGGGUUUUGAAUGUUAUUGAGAUGCUCCAAAAUUUUCAGCAUUCCAAAUACUUAAAACUUGGCUCAGGCAUUAUGCAGGUUCUUGUUUCUAGUUCUGUCUUUCAGAAACAAUUCCCACUUCAAUUAUGUAAUUUGAAGCUCUUGGAAUUGAAUUUACCAAAUGGGUAUAAUGGGAGGAUUGAUGUUAUUUCCUACUUACUUAGGCAUUCUCCAGCUAAAGAUCUUGUUGGAAUGAAAUUAUGGGAGGAUAUUCUUGGCUUAGAAGAAAAUCAAGAGAGCACCUAUUUUAUUGAUCAACAACCACAUGGAAUAAAAGUGAUGGCAAAAGGUUUUAACAUGACAGACUUACUGGCUGCUUUCUUCCUAGGUUUCAGUCAGCUAACAGUCGGGGAAUAUGAAUAA